AUGUCGAUAGAUACCUUUGCUUCGAACCUCGGGCGCAAGAUGUCGCCCUCUGCGACCCCCCCAACGGUGGCCAAAGGCCACAAAUCCGUCAGGAGCCUGGCGACCUUUUUCGAGGAGGGUGCUGCUCCUGCUGCCACCACUGUUCCCUCCUCCUCCUCCUCCAACCCCUCCAACCUCCCCGUCGCCACCAGCUCGUCCGUCUUCGCUCCCUCCCCCUCCUCCAAACCAAAGCUGCUCUGGGACCCUCACGAGCCCGAUGACAACGACCUCACCCUGCUUGAUUACAAGCAGUUCAUGGCGAACCUUCCGCUGGGUCGUUGCCUCGACGACCUGGAGUCGCCCACCAGGGCGGCGGCAAGCAGCAGCCGCCAACUCCACCCCGAGGCCCCCAAUUCCCAGCACGCCCAAGAGGCCAAAAACGUUUUGGCAACCCUGGACAGACUCUUCCCGCCUCUCCCUCCCCUCGACGACCCGCCGGUCCCAGCAAGCGACCCCGAGCCGUCGUCCGCCGCUGGCCAGGAGCUUGCUCCUGAGCCUGAGCACACCCAAGAACGGGCGAAAGCCUAUCGGGAUGUCACCAGACGAGUGCUGAGCAUCGACUGGGACGAAAUCGAAGAAGAUGAUAUUUUCCGUCCCCCCAGCUUUGUUCUCCCGCCGCCGCCGCCUUCUCCCCUCCCGGCUUUCUCCCCGUCGUCGCCGCGUCUUCAGCCGGUCACUGAAGAGCAAGAGGACGAGUCCAACGAGUCUCAUAACUCGUACCAGCAGGACGAUCAAGACCAGCAACGGCGGUCUCGAGAGUACCAGCCAAAAGAGCGGUACCAUCAAGCUGAGGAGCAGCAGCACCAGUACGAAAAGUACCAGCCGGCCAAAGAGCAGCAAAAGUACCAGCCAAACGAGCGGCACCAGCCAGAGCAGCCAUCCCAACAAGCGCCUCUCCCCCUCCCCAUCGGCAAGCUAGCUCUGCUGUCCCUGGCGGACUCUCCUGCAACCCCCUCUCCUUCACCCCAUCGUCCUCCCCCGAUGCCGACUCGCACUCCUCCGCCACCACCACCGAGUUACCCCCCUCCUCCUAUCCCUUCCAUCACCCCUCCCGUUUUUCUCUCCUCUUUUCCCGCUCCCCCUCCCGCUCCCCCGCAACAGGAGCGCUGCCCCCCUCCAGGAGCAGCAACCCGGCAUCAUGAACGAAAGAGGGAGGAGUUUAUGAAGAAGUAUGCAGAGUAUAUGAAUAGUCGGUACAAUCCUGAGUCGGGGAAUUAUAUGGGGCCGGAGGUGCGGAGGGUUAUGGGUCCCGAGAAUGAGGAGACGGAGGAGGAGACGGAGGAGGAGAAGAAGGCAAAGAAGCUCGAUGAAGGCAAGGGGAAGGCCUCCGACAUGUUCGGAUAG